AUUUAUAUACUAUGUACAUAUGUAUACAUACGAUAAUCGAAUGUGAUACAAGGGCCUGGGGUUCAUAUGUAUACUAACGUGACUGUGGAGCGCUAUAGUCGAUUAAAGUCCAGUUGAACACAUUGAAUAGACAAAAGAACUUUGAGUAGGCAAUAAUACUAACACAUGGAUUUAACGACCAGCAUGUCGUGAAUUUUUAGUACACAGACUACCUGGACAGAGUUAACUGCCCGCCUUACGCUAUUACCAUUAGAGGACUACGACCACAUUCUACCUAAAUUACAAAUCAGAAUAUACAAGAUGGGAGUGUGUAAAGUAUUUAUACUCGACCCCAAUGAUAAAUCGCUCGUCGAGCUAUACUCUGUCGAGAAACUUUACAGCCGAAUAGAAUCACUCUGCGGUCAACGAGCUGGGAAUUGGAAGGUCGAGUGCGAUCUCUGGCAAUAUGGCCCGAAAACCAUGCACACGGCCAAAUUCUCACACAUCAAGAACAAACGGUACACACUCUCCGGCAAUUUGUUGAUGGAGGCCAGCGAAGAGAUCGAGGCAAUUAUUAUCAAACUAAAGAACUGGGUGAAGAGAAAAUCGGCCAAGAUGGAAGGAAUCUCGUUUAAUCUUGGAGACUUCACCAUUGAAGUCGGGUCGGUUGUCGUGGGCAGUCAAGAUCGCGGUAUCAUCAUGCGGAUGGCAUAUGGAGCGUCCACAUCUCAAGCGCAGUGCGUCGACCUGUUGACCGAGAUGUACACGAUGAUCUUCCGGUGUACACAGACCAUUCCUUCUACAGAUGAGGUGUUCCCGGUAACUGAUUUCCAGACGGUGGGUUUGGAUCCUGAGGACUGUGGCGACCGACACAUGGCCUUCCAAUACAUGACCGCUUUGAAGCAAAGCAAAAUACUAUAGACCAGGUCGAGGUGGUAGUAUUGUGACACGGAUAAGUUAGUGCUGGGCUUUCCCUAAGUCAUCUUGAUACCAAGGCUGCACCUUCGUCGGAGAGCACUAAAUACUGUGUACUCUAGCGAGUAUGAGAAUGUAGUUGUAUCCAGAGAGGUACACUCUCGAAGCCCAUGUGACUAUAGCUCGGAUCAGUUGUGUCUUGCUACCUAACCUAUACCGCUGACAGUUUAUCAUACUUGUUAUCCUUCCAUGUUCUGAUAAGAGGGGCGCGUCAGUGAUGCCGCAUCAGGCAGCAGUUGGGAAGAAAAAGCCGUCAUAUGGUGCAGUUAUACAUCUACGAUUUGGACAAGAACGGGCUGAUCAUCCACCGGCUAUUUGCAGUAGUAGAGCACCUCUGGCUAAGCCCCGCGCUUAGCGCGACCCAAGCACGAUUAUACGACACACUCGACAUAUGAGCACAGGGUGUUAAGUGAUAAAUGCCUCCGUUUUACGCCUCGUAUCCAAAAUAAAAGGUGUCAAGGUAUUUG